GAGCGGGGCUGGCGGUCGCCAUGGCCACGGCAACCGACCAGGUGGUGGGGUUCGGCUUGGUCGCCUUCAGCCUCGUUCUCUUUGUUUACUACACCCUGUGGAUCAUCGUGCUGCCCUUCAUUGACAGCGACCACGGGCUCCACGGGUGGUUCUUGCCCAGGGAAUACGCCGUGAUCAUCCCCGUGGUGGCCGGGCUGCUGCUGCUGCUAUUUAUAGGUGUUUUUAUAAUGGUUGUGACGUGGAAGAGCAGGAAAACCACAAAGAAAACGGACUGAAGGCUGAGAUGAGGAGCAGGUGCCUUUCCUGUGGCAUCCUGGCUGGGAAAAGACUUUGCUGGCAGCACCAGGCACCACCUCAGUGCUGAACUGGCUGUGCUCUCCCACCUUCCUUCCUCUAGUUUACAGCCUACUGACCAAAGGGAAGCAAAACUGACCUCCAGGGAUCACUGGGAGAGGGACCAGAGCCCUGGCUGUGAGGGACCUGCUGGGGGACCAGCAGCUGGGACCACCUCAGAGCGAGCUGAGCCCUGCCUGCUGCCCAGCCUCACACUAAUCCUUCCCCUCCACUCUGUGUCCAGUAGUUUGUUCUCUCUGGGGUUUUGGGUUUUUUUAAAUGUUCGCAUACGGUUUGUGA